UUUCGUAUGGUAAUGGUGCACAAUAUCUGUUGGCGCCAAAGCUUAAUUUCAGAACUUCCCCAAAGUUUUCCCGCGAUUUCAAGAAUGGAGAAAAGGAUGAAAGACCAUCAAACUCCACAGAGAGAACAAACCACAAAUCGUACAUCAAGGAAGCCUCAGAAGAUCGCCAAAUGCUUCAGUGCCACAUUGUUAUCACUUUCCGAAGAUAAAAUCCACUCAAUUUCUAAAGAAAACUCCUCUCCCAUCUCUGCUGUCUCAGACCUCAAUCAGAUUUCAGAUAUCCACAGUAGUUUCUUGCAAGGUGUUAAUCCGGAAUUUUCUGCUUGCUGCGAUACCUCGCUUUUCCCCGAUCUUUCUUCAUCUUCAGUCGUCAGUUUUGACAAUGAACUGCUUGACAAGGUUUCAGCUGAUUUUUCUGGAUCUAAUGAUAUAAAUGAAGCAAGCGCGGGCUCAGUAGAGGCAGAGAUUGCUGUGAAUUUUAUACGGCGUGCUUUAACUCAAGUCCUGCAAUCGACGGAUGUUGAUCAUCAGUCGAAGAAGCUUAUAGAUGCAUCUAUGCGUAUCAUUGCGGACGACUUCCUUGCUAUACCUCAACAGCGAGAUCAGAUUGCUCAACUUAUUUCUGCCAAAUAUCAUGUUCUCUGUGUGUGUGUAUUCCUGUGGAUCAUCGUCUUGGCUAAAGCUUUCUUUGUCGGUUCGGGAGUCGAGAGCUCUUUCACUGGACCAUUGCCAACUUAAACUUGCGAAGCAAUCCAUUGUAUAAGCAUCAAAGAUGUCCUAAACAAUCAAGCACAAGCACAGGGUCUUCACGUUCCUCGAGAAGUGUGCUAUAUAAUUCUAAAUUUGUAUCUGCUCAUUCUCUUUUUUUUCUCUUUUAAUUGUUGAUCUCUUAAGGUGGGUAUUGUUUAAGCAUCUAAUGGAUGUGGUGGUAGUUGAUACCUGUGAAAUGAUGAUGGUAAAUCCCAGUGGCUAAGUAAAUCCCAGUGGCUAAACUCACUAUGAAAAAGCUACUGGUUCUCUGAAUGGCAGGGCAUGUACAUGUUACCUUCCUAGUGGUAAAUAACUUUUCCUUUUAUAGAAAGAUAUUUUUAUAUAUCCUUUUUCUUUUUAUACAGAAACAGAUGCUUUUAUAGAAAGAGAUUUAUCAAGCUUGGAUAGAUACAAACUCGACUCACACUAAAUAUUAUGUUGAAAUUAUUUGAGUUAGUUCCUGGGGAGGUAACCUUUAUCAUCUACAUUUAUUUAUCAUUGCAAACACUUAUUCUGUCAUAUGUAUAUUUAUAUAUACAAAUAGGAGGAUUACGUCAA